GGAGCGCGCCUCUACCUUCUUUACCAGCCCAGGCUUUCCUAACCCUGCACAUCGCCGUGUGCUGCUCCUGUUUCAUUACCCUGUCGAGCAGUGUCGCUGCCGCUGCGGAGUGGGCGUUCAGUUUUCGGGUCAUCAUGGCUGGCUACGAAUACGUGAGCCCAGAGCAGCUGGCGGGCUUUGACAAGUAUAAGUACAGCGCUUUGGAUACCAACCCGCUCUCUCUGUAUGUCAUGCACCCAUUUUGGAACACUAUAGUGAAGGUAUUUCCCACUUGGCUGGCUCCCAAUCUUAUAACCUUUUCUGGCUUUAUGCUGCUUGUGUUCAAUUUCCUACUCCUGACAUACUUCGACCCUGACUUCUAUGCUUCAGCGCCAGGUCAUAAGCAUGUACCUGAUUGGGUCUGGAUCGUUGUGGGCAUCCUCAACUUCGUUGCCUACACUCUAGAUGGAGUAGAUGGAAAACAAGCACGUAGAACUAAUUCCAGCACCCCAUUAGGGGAGCUGUUUGACCACGGCCUGGACAGUUGGGCAUGUGUUUAUUUCGUUGUGACUGUGUACUCUAUCUUUGGACGAGGCCCGACUGGCGUCAGUGUUUUUGUUCUUUACCUCCUGCUGUGGGUGGUUUUGUUUUCUUUUAUCCUGUCUCACUGGGAGAAAUAUAACACAGGCGUUCUUUUCCUGCCAUGGGGAUAUGACAUUAGCCAAGUGACUAUUUCUUUUGUCUACAUAGUGACUGCGGUUGUGGGAGUUGAGGCCUGGUAUGAACCUUUCCUGUUUAAUUUCUUAUAUAGAGACCUAUUCACUGCAAUGAUUAUUGGAUGUGCAUUGUGUGUGACUCUUCCAAUGAGUUUAUUAAACUUUUAUAGAAGCUAUAAAAGCAACUCUCUGAAGCACAAUUCCAUCUAUGAAGCCAUGGUCCCCUUCUUCUCUCCAUGCCUGCUCUUCACUCUGUCGACAGUGUGGAUCCUCCGGUCACCUUCAGAUAUUUUAGAAAUGCACCCUAGAAUAUUCUACUUCAUGGUUGGAACAGCUUUUGCCAAUAUCACAUGUCAGCUAAUCGUUUGCCAAAUGAGCAGCACACGGUGCCCAACUUUGAACUGGUUGCUGCUUCCUCUCUUCUUGGUCGUGGCAACCGUGAUCGUAGGCACAACAACCUCCCGCCUUGAGAGUGUUCUCCUUUACACACUCACUGCUGCCUUCACUCUGGCUCACGUCCAUUAUGGAGUACAAGUGGUAAAGCAGCUGAGCCGACAUUUUCAGAUUUAUCCUUUUUCAUUGAGGAAACCAAACUCAGAUUGACUAGGACUGGAAGAGAAGAGUAUCGGUCCGUAAUCUUGAGGAAGUACUGUAAAUAGAUGCGUGUAAAUACUUCAUCCAUCACCAUUGACCUAAACGGAUCUGCUUGACAGACAUGGGAUCUCAGUGUGCGCUGUGUGGACGGAAGAACAAAGCAUGGGCUGAGCUUGUGGAAUUUCGGACUUUCUAACUCCCAGCUUAUUUUAUUUUAUUUUUUUACAGAACCACGAGACAUUUGGUUAAGCACAGUGUACAUUAAACCAGCUAAUGUUCCUAGAUUCAUGAGUCCAUACAUUUUGACUCCUACAGAGUAGAAGAUGAUUUACUUUUAUGUUUAAAGUCCCCAGAUUGAUUCAGGAACACUAAUAACAUUCAGACAGCCACAGCCUUUCUUAGCAUCUGAUAAUUUAUGGCAGGUCUAUAGCUGUGGGAAUGAUAGCCCAAAUUUAAUGUAGAAAGCGUCAAAAAAGUCUGUUCAGCCAGAGAUGCCAGGGACUCCAGAACAGUGUACAGUUGCCAAACCCUGGUUGUUCUCCGGUGACUCGCCUUCCCCUGCUGUGGCGGUCAUCGAGUAUUCCUGCCUCUUGCUGUAGCUGAAUCCUGACAAGUGAUUAAUCUUCUAGAGUGAAAUGCUCUGCUGUUGCUCAGCAGAGAGCGGGUUGUAACCACAGCUGGCCAGUGUGGCAUAGUUCAUUGUCUCAUUGGGCAGGUCCUCUGUCAGCAGUGCAUUGCUGGGAUUGGGUGCCUAUAGCUGUGAUUUCUAAGAAUACACACGACAGUCCCCGUCUUGCGCACUCACUUGUGAGGAUAUAGAUAAAGUACCUUGUGAGAGGAAAUCUAAGCUGGAGUUAGGAGUCUCAGAACUCCACGUUGAGCAUCCACAGUUAGUAUCCUGACCCUGUCUGCCCAGUCUUUUCUUACUUUCAUUCUCUCCUGGGGGUGAGGUGCUGUGGUUUUUAUUCUCACACAGAAUAAAGCAGAGAGAUAGUCUCUUUGUCCUAACUACCCACCUCCCUAUUUGAAGAAAACUUUUGAUAUAUAUGCCUUACUGAGUAUUUACUCCCUUAAUAUGACUCAAAAUAAUUUUUGAGGUUUACUGACAACAUAAAAAAAAAAUCCCUUCCGCUGUAUUGUGGUUAUUUAUAAAUCACACCUUUUUAUGAAUGUGGAUAUUUCCUUCCUUUGGACUUUGUCUUUAUUUAGUUUGGUGGUGGUGAAAUUUACUUGCUGAUUUUAUUUUCCACUGAAUGAAGUUUGUGCUUAAAUGAAGAGUGUGUCUUAAACCCUUUUUUUUGGACAGGUUGCACUUGGAUAACAUAGGCACCGCUGUGUUGAUAUGUAAUUAAAUUCGUAACUCUUAUUUAUCUAUGAAUGUAACCAUCCUUAAAUGUUGUAGCUCAUUCCUUUGUUGAACAUCUGUCUGCUGCUUUGUAAAAAAAAAACAAACAAACAAAACCAAAACCAUUGAUACUUCACGGAAACAUUUUGAAAUUGUAAUCAUUGGCAUCCAGGCUGUUGGAAGUGAGUGGAGGAGCUGGCUUACAGACCUGUGCUUGGCUUCAGUUGUCUGUAAGGCUUACGUGUGUUGGGGACAUUCUCUGAGACAAAACAAUGGAAGCAAAACUUGAUGAGAAGUUGAUGUGGAAAAUGCUGGUUAGUCGAUUACCAUCAUGGAGGCGGGAAGGUGAGCCAGUUAUGUGAUGAUAACCGGUCUGUGCACCUCGUGUUCUGCCUGACUUGUUAGGUGUUUGGCUAAUCAUUCUACUGUUUUCUUGACCUUGUACACAAAAAUAUUCAUUUGUAUAAAGGAAAAUGACCGAUAAAUAUUUAUAAAAUAAUGAAUUUGGACCACAGGCUUUCUUCACCUUGUAUAGUAGACUGAAGAAUCAUGUCCUAUAAUUUUGGGGCUUUUUUUUUUUCUCCAAAAUGUGUGUUGUUUUUAUUGCAUCAAGUAGAUUUUAAAAAAAUGUUUUGUGCCUUUUUUUUUUUUUUUUACACCUGCCUCUGUGAUAGUGAGGAAUUCUGUUUCUGGUUAGUUUUGUCGACACUGUCGAAUAGAAGAGGAGGCUGCUGUCAAGGGGGAGUGGAAGUGAGCCGUGUCUCAGAAUCCUGUGGCCUCGCAUCCCUCCUGGCUGCUCACGCCCUGCGUCCUGACGGCCAUCUUGAUGGGCCCAUUUGUCGUAGCAGAUGCAGGGCUUGACUGUCAGGAGCUCUGUGUGUCCGUCACCCCCUUCCUGUAUACUUUCCCAAUGUAAAAGGUACUGCAGGCUUUUGGGAGCAUAAGCACUUUGCUCUCAGUACUUGAGGAAUAAAGGGCCUGACCCAGGCCAUGCGUUUGCAUUUCGAUGCUGCUGGAUCCACCCACACUACAGACGGACACUGUCAGUCAGAAGUUUCUUUUCAGGUUAUGGUAUGAAAAAGCCCAUUCAAGCUUUUCAGAAAAUAACAUCCCUGUAUUUGAGAGGGUGUGGGAUACAACAUUAAUAAUACUUGGAUAGAGGCUGCUGCCUGACCUUUCAAUGAUACUUAUAUCCUAUCGCAGUCCACUGUUUGAAAUUGUCCUAAUCACUGUCUUUGCUUCAAAAAAUACUAAUAGAGUUUAUAGGUUUUAGAGCAACAGAGUAACUUUGAAGUAAAAAUAUAACCGUUCACUUGGCAUUUUAGUGUUUAUGAUUGAAAUACUUCUAAUUCCAAUUUCGAACAGGAGAUGUUGUGCAUGGUUUAUUAGCACUGCUAAUAGGCCGUUUGCUCGCUCCCGAGGUGGUGGAAGAGAGGUGUGCAUCUGAGGUUAGCACACGCUAAAUUACAUUAAGGGAAUAUGUUGUAAUCAGAAGGGGUAGGAAGGCACUUUGCUUCCUGAAGCCAACUUCAAUUCCAUGAACUAUGGAGAGUAAAUAGGUCAUUUGGAGGUGUUUAAGUCCAGGACUCCUUUGUCUCUUUAAAAUGUAACUUGAAAUCUACUUGUAACUCCUCACAGUGAGCCAACACCGAGGACAGAAACAGCUCACUGUGUCCUGGCUUGGUUGCAGCCAGAUGUUGCCAUGUUGAUAUGGUGAAUGCCUUUAAUAUCUUGGCUGGUGAAGGACUGGGAACAACCCUAGAGAAGGUUACCCUGAGGUCUGCAGCUUUAACUCUGGGUCUCCAAAUUAGCCAGAAACAGAUAGAGAGAUGGAAUUGGUUGUGGAGAUGCUUGUGUUCCAGACGCUGUCUUCGUGACUGACUUCUGGAUUUGAUCAAGCCCUCUUUAGGAACUCUGUGAUGUCAGGCCAGAGUUUUCUUUGUCCAAUGAAAUGUCAUUUUAAGCAGCAUGCCCUGUCUUGAACACUCACUGUGGGUGAGUGAUCGUAUCGUAGUUUGCUGCUCUGCGACAGCCUUCCAGAAAGAAUCUUAACCUAGCACGAUGCACUGAUGCCCUUUGCAUUUAAAGCGACAGUCCUAAACAGUAAAGUGGUUAAUCGCUGCUAAACUUAGAUGCAUGAUGCUCUACGAAUUUGAAAAACUAGUGUAAAUUUCUGCUUUUCCUUUCCUAUGUAGCCCAAUGGAUUUUGUAUAUAUUAGGUGUUUUGUUUCUCUGUUUUUGUUUCUAAAUUGUCUUUGACAGUGGGACAAAUGGCUGACAUCACAACAGGCAGUAACCUCAGGGUAUGUGGUAAAUCAUGGUGGUCUAACUUUUCCAGAGAGAGAGACAGUGAUGUGUCUGUGAUGGGCUGUGGGGAUUGGACUUGCUAGCUGAUUUAUUUCCAGUGUUUUACAAACUAAGUGUAACUUACUUUCUAACCUGCAUGUUGUCACAUGCUUUGCUCGCUAGUUACUAUCUGCUGCCUUUUAAGCAGGGAUAUAUUCUUUUUAUAGAUAUCUGCUGAGCUCACGUUUAGGGUAGCAGAAGGAAUUGUGACAUUUAGUCUCCUCCCACAAGCAGCUUGAGCAAAGAGUUUUGUUCAUUCCGUGAGGAAGACCAGGUUCCCAGGACAGAUUUUGGAGUAAUUGACAGGGGCUUGUCUCUAGGCAAAUACCAUUGGGCAGAACAGAAAGGUUGUUCCGGGCUUUUAGAUUCUUGUCUUCCCUUUCAGAAAAUCAUUCUUAGAGAGCUGGAUGGAGUCAGAGAGUCCAGCUGCUUUUAUGGUAGUUGGACCGUGGCCACUGAGAGUCUAAAAUAGGACCAGUGAGUGCCCUUUCAGUAGCACUAAAACGGAAAUCAAAGAUAGUGGUGAGGCCAGGGAAUGACCAAGUACCGCGGAUGUUUUCUAUCAUGCUAGCUAAGAUCUUUUAAGCAGUUUCUUUGGGUAACAAAAUAAGAGCUGGAGUGGGUUUCUUUGUAAACAGAAAUAAUCCUCCAUGGAUUCUCGAUUGUGAUAUUCUUGGUAAGCACCCUUGGCUGCAGCGCUCACCUGUAGAGAUUUCUGUAAGUCUAUAGUAGUGAGCAUCAGAGCUGCUCACCAACUCUGCUGUCCCAUGUUAACCUUCAGAUAGCUUUAUCAGAGCAGCCAUUCCAGAGACAAAGACUCAGUUAUGUCUAAUGGUUAGCUCAUUUCAAAAUGUCCCAAGGGAGCAGAAUUCAGCAUUGAACUCAGAAUUUCAGUUUAAAAAAAAAAUCCCGGGGUUGGGGGUUUAGCUCAGUGGUAGAGCGCUUGCCUAGCAAACGCAAGGCCCUGGGUUCGGUCCCCAGCUCCGAAAAAAAAGAAAAAAAAAAAAAAAACCUUUUUGGGCAGAAUGGAAGACAAUAAUGACCAAGGUACAUGGGAAGCCACAUGCUCUUGCCCUUCUUGCCUCAUGGUGCAUUAAGUGGGUGGCAGCUGAAGAAAAUACAGUCCUGCUUUCUUGAGUGAGAGUUUAUGGCCUAUGCUUUGAACAGGCAGCAGGGACUGUGGCUGAGAGUUUAAUGUGGUGCCUUUAUGGGUAGACUCUCUGUAGUCUUCUGAAGCAAGAGUAAAAUUUCUUCCCAGAUACUUAAAAACCGUCACUAGAGCAGGUGGGGUGUGUUUGCCGCAAAGAAUGAGAAAGAUACCAGAGAGGAAGAAAAAGAGGACAUAAGAUCCUUCCCCUUUCGAGUGCGUCAGUUGUAGUUGGCCUGUAUUAAAUUAGGCUGUGUUGCCGUGUUAAAUUAGCAUUUAUUUCCUCCGGUCCCAUGUGCUCUAUGUUUACACGUUCACUGUGUACACCUGUUCUCCGUAUGUAUCUGAUAAGGGAUCUAAUAGAGUUUGCCCUUGAUUCUCAGCCAGGUGGCAACCCUCAUUAACCUGUUGCUUUGUGUGGGCUCGGUGUGCCCAUGGCUCACAUCUGAAGCCACGUCCCCCCUGGAACCGUGACCCUUCCCCUCCAGGUUAUCUCGGCCCUGAGAAAGCCCUCCAAGUAUAUCCAGUUCCACGUCCCUUUCACCAGGGAACCUGGAGCCAGAAAGACUGGUUUCGAAAGCGCUGGCUAUUAUCUUUGGGGUUGAGGUUUCUGGGUCUGCCAGGCCAUCUCUCGGCUGGGAGGAGCUUUGGGAGCAGUUUGCCUGUGGACGCCAUCUGGGAGAUACUUGAUCUUGCUGAAGCAGAGCUCUGAGCCUGCUUCACUUCACCAGAAUGUUCCAAGUCUUGUGGUUCGAUGUAUAGUAGCAUACUCUGGGUUGUUUGAGUGUGGGUUCUGCAUUCUCUGUGUUACCGUUCCCCGUCAUUAGUCCAUAUAAUCAGGACCUGACUGUUGUCACCAGAGUCUAGAAACCUUGACCCUUGACCUUUCAACUGGAUUUUAUGUUUGUGUCUGCUGCUAUGGACUCCAACUUUAAGGCAGUAGGUUUUAGUUUUCAAUGGUUUAAUUCUUUAUUGAUAAAUAUUUAUUGUAAUAAAAAAUAAAUAAUUUUUAAAUCCUUUUAA